AUGGUAAUAACUUCAUCAUCCACUGAACCUUUUGAACGUGUCUCUAUCGACUUAGUUUCUUAUUCAGAAGUAACCCAUGACUCUAAUAAGUACAUCUUAACCUUACAAGAUGAUUUAACAAGGUUUGUACAAGCUUAUCCUAUUGUAGAUAAACAAGCAAUUACCGUAGCAAAGACUCUAUUAAUCUUCUGUCAACAUUACGGCGUUCCCAAACGAUUUCACUCAGAUCAAGGAACAGAAUUUGUAAAUAGCAUCAUAAAACAAUUAAUGAAAUUGUUAGGUUCAAAUCAUACAUUGAGCACAGCUUACCACCCUCAAAGUAAUGGUUCUAUAGAACGUUUCCAUGCUACUCUUAGAGAUCAUAUACGAUCGUAUCAUAAGAGAAAUAAUUGCAAUUGGGAUCAAAUAAUUCCUUUCGCAGUUAUAUGUCAUAACACAGCAGUUAAUCAAUCAUUGGGUUUCACGCCUCAUGAAUUACUUUUUGGGUAUAAACCUCGAUCACUCUACUCUCUAAAAGAAUUAAACGAAUAUACAACCUGUGAUUAUUUACAUGAUCUUAAUGAACGACUCAAAGUUUCUCGUGACGUUGCUUUACGUAACUUACAAGCGAUGAAGGAAAAAGCUAAAGAACGUUAUGAUAAAAAUAUUAGAAACAUCGCUAAGUAUAACGUAGGCGAUUACGUAAUGCUCAAGGUGCCUAACCCUAAUAACUUAGAUUCGAAAUGGGAAGGUCCUUAUCUUAUUGUCAGAAUAGGAUUCAAUGAAAAUUACAUUAUCAGAAAGAAUGGAAGAAACCAAAUAGUGCAUGCAAAUCGUUUAAGACCAUCGCACGAAUCAUAA